AUGACUAGCAAACAAUCGUACGAUCUCUCCAAUAUUAGAACAAAAUACGAAUCGGAAGCGACAGCAUUCGUGGAGAAAGAGCUCGCUUCGCGUGAUGAUCCGAUAUCACAGUUCCAUGCCUGGCUUGAAGCGGCAAAAGAAUUCGGUAUUGUCGAACCGAACGCAAUGACUUUAGCUACUUGUACCAGUGAUGGAAAGCCAUCCUCUCGGACUGUUCUCCUCAAAGGUUAUGGUAGUGAUGGCAUCAAAUUCUAUACAAAUUACGAAAGUCGCAAAGGACAACAACUGAUUAGCAAUCCUCAAGCAGCUAUACUCUUCUAUUGGCCUCCGUUACAUAGACAGGUUAGAAUUGAAGGUACAGUUGAAAAAUUGUCAAAGGACGAGUCGGAAAAGUAUUUUCAUAGCCGCCCUCGUGACAGCCAGAUUAGUGCAGCCAUAAGCAAUCAGAGCACAGCGAUACCUAAUCGUCAGUAUCUUUUAGAUAAAUGGAAUGAUUUGAACAAGAAAUAUCCAGAACCCAAUGAAAUUCCCAAGCCAGAUUACUGGGGAGGAUUUCUUUUGAAGCCUAACUAUUUUGAAUUUUGGCAAGGCCAAACAAACAGAUUACAUGAUCGUAUCUGUUUUGAAUUAACAAAUGAAUCCAAGUGGAUUCUCAAUCGAUUAUCUCCGUAG